GACGUUGUCACGUACUAGGUUCUGACUAUGAUGGCAGCUCUAGGCUGAUAUCGAUACAACACUGAAUGUAACUAUUUAAAAAAGUUAGUAAACGCCCCUGAUAAAACAAAGUAGGUAACAUUUGAAGGUUUUUAAUAGUAUAAGAAUAAACAUACCCGCCCAGUCUGGGGAACGGUAAGUUCACGUAGCCUUAGUAAGCUUUUUAAUGCCACAUUGAGGCGAGGAAGUGGCACCGACUUUGUGCUCCCGGUGUGCUGCUGCUGCUGCAGCUGCCACUAGCUAUUUGCAUGUUUUGCACAUUCAUACGAUCGUUGCCGAGCUAGACAACCGCUUAAGCAAUGACACACGUCUGAAUGACCGAUCCUACUGAGAGCAUUUGCCAAUUCACAUCCAAAUGUUUCUUGAGCAAGCUAAUUGCUACCUACCACCUAGCUGCACAUUGUCAAUGGUAUGGUGAAGAGCUAACGUCUUGGAAGCCCACUGGGUGUCUGACAGGCUCUGACAAUACCCUGAAACGAUCCUUUGAUAUCAUAGGCCGACGACUGCUUGAACAACUCCUAUUUGAUAUAAUAUGGUCGUCGGAUACAGGUUGCCCCACUGGAAGGAAGACGUUUUAAAAAGCGGCACUAUGCCCGCUGCUACUGUGGAUCACAGCCAAAGAAUAUGUGAGGUUUGGGCCAACAACCUGGAUGAGGAGCUGAAGAGGAUCCGACAUGUUAUUCGAAAGUACAACUACAUUGCAAUGGACACAGAGUUCCCGGGUGUAGUUGCCAGGCCGAUCGGGGAGUUCCGCAGCAACGCUGACUACCAAUACCAGUUGCUGCGCUGCAACGUUGACCUUCUAAAGAUCAUCCAGCUGGGUCUCACCUUUAUGAAUGAGGAAGGGGAAUAUCCACCUGGAACGUCCACGUGGCAGUUCAACUUUAGGUUCAACCUUACAGAGGACAUGUAUGCCCAGGACUCCAUCGAGCUCCUGACCACGUCGGGCAUUCAGUUCAAGAAGCACGAGGACGAGGGCAUCGACACGCUUUACUUCGCCGAGUUGCUGAUGACCUCGGGGGUGGUGCUCUGUGAGGGGGUCAAAUGGCUGUCCUUCCACAGUGGCUAUGACUUUGGAUACCUGAUCAAGUUGCUCUCUAAUGCUAAACUGCCUGAAGAGGAGGUGGAUUUCUUUGAGAUCCUUCGCUUAUACUUCCCUGUCAUUUACGACGUGAAGUACCUCAUGAAGAGUUGCAAAAACCUUAAGGGAGGCCUGCAGGAGGUGGCGGAGCAGCUGGAGCUGGAGCGGAUCGGCCCCCAGCACCAGGCGGGCUCCGACUCCCUGCUCACGGGCAUGGCCUUCUUCAAGAUGAGAGAGAUGUUCUUUGAGGAUCAUAUCGACGACGCUAAAUACUGUGGUCACCUGUACGGCCUGGGCACUGGCUCUGCUUACGUUCAGAACGGAACAGGCAAUGCUUACGAAGAAGAGGCCAACAAACAGCAGUCAUGACAUCACGUCGGAACCUCUCCCCCUCUCUCCCCCCACCCCCCUCCUCUCCCUCGACAACGGAUCGCCCCCCCUCCAAUCAGAGCGGAAUACCAUCGCUAGCGGAUCAUUCUGGAAGCUGAAAAGCAGACUUAUUCUAGAACCGCUGUCGCCUCCUAUGCUCGGCUCAUUGUAGAGGAACUACAAAAAUGGCAGACAAUGAGGAAAGGAAAAUCGAGAGCGGCGUGCCGGGAGGGCUGGCAGCCGGUCGGUCUAGUUAGAUGUAAUGUUUAACUCUGUGGGUGGGUACGAGUGGUACGACAAACAAGCAGGAUUUUAGUUCUCCUAAAAUGUUCUGUAGACAUUUUGCACUUUAAAAAAUACUAACCAGAUCCUGAUUUUAUAUGGAAAGCUGAAAUAGUUUCUGGUGUCGUCUUUGUUGCCUUUUUGCCCCCAUUUUACACGUGACUUAUUAUCUUAAUCUUGAAGCUAUCUUGUUUUCUUUAUUUUGUCUUCCCACCACAAAGCUCAGCCUUAACAUUGGCUCUAUGCUCAUGUUUAGCUUUAAUUUAUUCCAUCAGGUCCUGAUCCGCUUGCAUUGAUUAACUGACCCAUUGGUAACGACAGUUGUUGAGUGAACGCGUAAAGUAGUUGUCCAUUUAUCAGACGUUAAAAGUCUCAAGUUAUAACCCUCUAGUAUAGCAAAGCGAUAUUGGGUACUUAAUUCACAGUGUGUUCACAUGUGCGUAAGACUUGGUGAUAUUUGCAAGUAUUGUGAUAGCCCACAAUACAUUUUCUGUGUGGGAUCGCAAUAACCAGGCUCUGAACUCAAAUCCUAAGAGAUCAACAGACAUGGACUGUUCUUUUUUUCUAUUGUGUGUUGAUUGGUUUUCAUUAGCACUUUUUCUGGUUGAUGAUCGUUUGUUUCAACCGACAUGAAUAGACAUGACCAUAGGAGAGACUUGAACACUUUAUCGUUAAACACAGCUAGUGGUAAAAAGAAACCCUUUUUCCACAAGGUGUCCUUGUGCAUCAACAUUUAGAGGAAUUCGACCCAUUUUCAUUUUUAAUUGAAAUGAAGGUUUUGUAGAAUUUUAGUAUAGUAAUAAGAGAAAGUUACUUUUACUCAUCAGAGAGAGAGAGAUGGAAAAGGAACAUUACCUUUUAAUCUGCCUCUAAAAGCACCUUGGACUUUCAGUGGAACACAUUCAACAUUGUAGCUCUGUUCAUUGAAUGAAACGUUAUUUUGUGCUGUUAGUUUAUGUACUGCUUCACAGUCGACCCAUGCUGCUUGGAACCUGCUGCAUGAACCAAGACGUUUGAAUAAAUGUUGUUGUUGAGACUACUUAGAGCUUCCAUGGACAUUGAUUGAAGUGUGUGUGUAUCACAACCUGUUGACCAUCAGUGUUAGGAUAUGGAAAUGUAUUCAAUUGAUAUAUAUUUUUUUCCUCAUCACAUCUUUUACAAUAUGUAAAAGAUUUCUUUCUUUUUUAAAUAUGCAAUACUUAAAUAAAUAUGGUUUUGUAAAUAAAGGCAUGGAAUUUUUAUAACACUAAACAUUCUGGAUUGUUUUGGAGUCCUUGUGUUGUGUUUUGCUCUAUUCACAGCAUCAUACUGUAUAUCAGAUACAUAUAAAAAGCCAUUCUGUGAGAGAUGGAGAAUAUGACCUCAUUUUAUUUUCACUUUGUAAGCCAGCACAACUGAGUGUUCAUGAACCUAAAAAUGAGGUCGUCCCAAGUCGGUUUGAUAGAAAAAUAUAGACACCAUACAGCAUUUCAAAACAAGCAAGUACUUAUCACAGGAAAACUAGUUUAACUAUUUCAUUGAAAUGACCUGUGUGAGAAAUAAAGAAUGGUCAGAAAGUACAAAUUUAACAAAGCACCCAUAGC